CAAUCAUCUGCGCUCUGUCAUUUGUCAAUUUAAAAUAUUUAUUUUUGUAAAUAAACCCAAAUAAAUAAUAAAAUUAUGAGUACGAGCAUAUCUGGUGAUCCUAAAAUUAUAAAAAAAGUGUUACACGCGGGCAGUAAGGCAGUUAAUUUUGGGAACGAUUGCAAAGUACAAUUUCACUUCCAAACGCGACUAUGCGACCAAGACAAAACACUCCUCGACGACUCGAGACGGAUGGGCGACGGAAAGCCCCUCGAAAUAAUCUUGGGCAGAAAAUUCAAGUUCGAACUCUGGGAGGCGAUCGUACAAUGCAUGGCCAUCGGCGAAGUCUCACAAUUUACUGUCAGCAAAGACCUACUGACACAGUACCCAUUCGUAUCAAAAACGCUAAGGGACGUCCAUCUUCCCGCGGACAAACGCAAUAAUCACCGUUGCGUGAUGACCGCACACCAGCACGGCAUCGGACACGAUGAUCUGAAUCGUCUGAUGUCGAAUCCCGCCGAUCUCGAGUUCACGAUCGAACUAGUGAAAGUGGAAGAGCCGAACGAGUACCAAAAGGAAUCGUGGCAAAUGAACGAGCUGGAGCAGGUCGAUCGCGUGCACGAGUUAAAGGAGCUCGGUAACGCCGAGUACAAGAGCUCCAAUCACGAGGCGGCGUCGAAGAUGUACGCCGAGGCGAUUGGAAUUCUCGAACGUCUGAUGAUCAAGGAGAAACCUCAGUCGGAAGAAUGGAACGAUUUAAACAAAAUGAAGAUUCCCCUACUGUCGAAUUACUCCCAGUGCAUGAUGGCGAAGGGCGAUUUCUAUGCGGUCAUCGAGCAUUGCACGUCCGUUCUUAAAAUUGAGCCCGAUAAUGUGAAGGCGUUGUUUCGCCGGGCGAAAGCUCACAUCGGUGCGUGGAAUCCGACCGAGGCGAGAGCCGAUUUUGAACGAGUUGUAAAGUUGGACCACGGUCUGGCGGCCUCGGUUAAAAAGGAAAUUGAUGUUUUAGAUCAACUGAUCAAGUCAAAGGAUGGUACAGAUAAACAGUUAUUUAAGGGAAUGUUUAGUAAAUAAGCGUAUUUUAUGUUGGCACUAUAAAUGUAAUUAUGUACAUAGAAUUUUAAUGAAAAAAUAGGGUCCACUUGCACUGAGUAUAGGGUUGCCAUCUCAAAACUCUGCCAACUAGGACAGGAAGCGUGAAAACCCCGGAUUUAGGGAUUAUAAACCCGGACAUAUCAACUGAAUUUGAUAAAAAAUAUUGUCUAAAGAAAUAAUCUGUUGCAAUAUUCAAUAAAUUCCUUUCUUUGGUCCAAUGUUAUGCCACUAGUGAAAAUAUUCUUUCAAUGUUUGCUUUAUGAGCAGGAAUGCAAAAAAAGCACUAGGCAAUUUUGAAUAACUCCCAGUAUAAAUGAUGAUUCAGUGUUUUAAAAAAUUGUAACCAAAGCUGAUGGGCGCUUAAAAGUUUACCUUGUUGGCUUAAAUUUUGACAGAAACUCAUAGAUGUCUCGGUAGCCUAAAACCCGGGCUACCAAUGAAAACCCGCUUGGACGCCCCCUAAACUAGGACAAAUCCGGGGAAACCCGGACGGAUGGCAACCCUAUGUGUGUUAUAUGUAAAUGCGUGUUACUGUUAGUCUGGUUGUAGUAAAAUCUAAAAUGACGUUUCCAAUAUUACCUAUACACUGUAAUCAAAAUGGAAAAAAAUAAAUAAAUAUGAAAUAUGAA